GAGUCUCUCAGUGUGCUCAGAAGUGGCCUCUCCAACCGGAAAGGGCCAUGAGCAACUCCAACAAUACUUUGGUAACAGAAUUCAUCCUGCUGGGUUUCCCAGAGCUGUGCCACCUGCAAGGGCUGCUAUUCGGGUCAUUCCUCACCAUCUAUGUGGUGACAGUCCUGGAGAACCUGGUCAUUGUGGGCACUAUCAGUGCCAGCCGGCAGCUGCACAUACCCAUGUACUUCUUCUUGGCCAAUCUGUCAGUGCUGGAGACCCUCUACACCACAGUCACGGUGCCCAAGCUGCUGGCCAGUCUCCUGGCAGGGGCAAGGACCAUUUCCUUCUCAGGGUGCCUUACCCAGCUGUUCCUCUUCCUUUCACUUGGCUCUUCUGAGUGCUUCUUACUGACCACCAUGGCCUGUGACCGGUACCUGGCCAUCUGCCGCCCACUACACUACUCAGCCAUCAUGGAUUCAAGGCUGUGCCUGUAUUUGGCUCUCAGUGCCUGGCUUGGAGGAUUCCUGGCUUCCUUUGUAUCCACAGCUCUCAUCUCUCGCCUCAGGUUUUGUGGCUCCAAUGCUCUCAACCACUUCUUCUGUGAUGUCUCACCCCUACUGCAACUGUCCUGCUCAGACACCACGGCUGUUGAAACACUAGACUUUGUGGCAGCCCUGGCAGUACUUGCAACCUCCCUACUAGUGACCACAGUCUCCUAUGCCCACAUCCUCAUCACUGUGCUGAAGAUUCCAGGAAAGGCAGGCCGCAGGAAAGCCUUCUCCACCUGUGCCUCUCACUUGGUGGUAGUUGUCAUCUUCUACACCACCACCACCUUCAUGUACGCCCGGCCUCAUGCCAUCAGCUCCUUUGACCUCAACAAGCUGGUGUCUGUGAUAUAUUCAGUCGUGACUCCCCUGCUGAACCCUAUAAUCUACUGCCUAAGGAACCGUGACAUCAGGGAGGCACUUACCAAACUCCUCUGGACCCCUGUACCCUCCUGAAUGCCAGUUGCUAGAACUGCAAAUCCCUCUUCUCUGCAGACAGAUAUGAG